AUGGCAACAACAAACUCAGAAGAAGACAAUGUUAAUUUGUGGUAUCUUGACAUAGGUUGUUCCAAUCACAUGACUGGACAUAGAGAGUGGUUUGUAAACAUUGACGAUAAGGUGAAGAGCAAGAUCAAGUUUGCAGAUAACAACUCUGUAACUGUAGAAGGCAUUGGAAAUGUGAUGAUUCAGAGGAAGGAUGGACAACACUCAUUUAUCAAUGAUGUGCUAUAUGUUCCCAAUAUGAAGAAUAAUUUGCUGAGUUUGGGACAGUUGCUAGAAAAGGGCUACUCAAUGCAGAUGGAGGACAGUCAAAUGAAGAUAUUUGAUAGCAAUAGGAGGUUGAUUCUAAAGGCCCCUUUGUCAAGAAACAGAACAUUCAAGAUUGGAAUUUAG